AUGAAAACACAACAAACAACAAAAUUAAAGGCAAGGGAAGAAAGAAAAACUUUCCACCUUGUCAACAUUGUGGCAGAAAAAGUCAUCCACCUUUCAGAUGUUGGAGGAGACCAAAUGCAAAAUGCAACAAGUGCAACCAGACGGGGGCAUGAAGUUGUGAUCUACCCCAACAAAAAUCACCAUGAUAAGGGAACUCAAAUUGCUAAUCAAGAGGAAGAAGACCAUCUGUUUGUGGCCACGUGCUUUUUAAGUAGUGAAUCAAGUGAAAGUUGGUUGAUUGGUAGUGGUUGUACCAAUCACAUGACCUUUGACAGGGCACUCUUCAAAGAUUUGAGGCCAACAAAUGUCACCAAAGUCAGAAUUGGUAAUGGUGAUUAUAUCUCAAUCAAAGGAAAGGGGACAGUUGCAAUCACAAGUUCUACGGGCACUAGAUGUAUUGUUGAUGUCCUAUUCAUUCCUGAAAUUAACCAAAAUUUGUUAAGUGUCGGCCAACUAAUUGAAUGA